AAGAAGAAGAAGAAGAAAUGUUGCUCUGUGCAGUAUUUGUUGCGAUUUGACAUUUUAAGGUCUAAACGAUAAAACAGUCGGUCUUUAACUUGUCUGUGUGUCAAUGAUGGAAAUGCCUCAGAGGCAGCGGCUUCAGCAAGUAGUGGAAGAACUGACUACAUCUGGACAGCCACAGCUGGACCAAAACAAGACCAGGGAGCUGAAAAACAUCUGCAGAACGUCCAAUGACUGCAUUGACCAGGUGUACCACUUACUGAUGACCCAGUUAAACCAGGACCACGCGGAGAUCCGACUGUCUGCCUUCCAGAUUGUCAGUGAGCUCUUUUCAAGAUCUCACCACUUCAGGACGCUACUGGUGGACAACUUCCAGGAAUUCUUGGAGUUGACAGUAGAGACGGAUGCAGAGCAGCCUCUCCCUCCUCCGAAGGAUGUAGCAAGGAAACUGAGAUCCCAGGCCAUUCAGGCCGUCCAGUCAUGGCACGCCUCUUAUGGUUCUGCGUAUAAGAAGCUGGCACUGGGUUACCACUUCCUCAAACAGGUUAAAAAGGUGGACUUUCAGGAUGCUGAGGCCAGAACCGUUACAGAGAGGAGGAGGCAGGAGGAGAGAGACCAGAAGAUGGAGAGGAUCUACAAAGCUAGAAUGGAGGCAGCAGCUAAAGAGAUGGAAGAGUCGGUCCAGGACAUCGAGGCUGCGCUCACACAAAUGGAGGCCUGCACCAGGCUGCUCUUCCCCGACUUUGGUCUAGCAGAUUUCCGGACAGCCAGCAACAGCUCCUCCGACUCCAGACCCUCAGAGGGAGAAGAGCCCUGCUGCAGCAAGACUCUCCUGGAGGACAGAAACCUUCAGGAGAAGACAGGAGGACUGAAGGAGGAGGAGAGCAGGAUCAACAAGAACAGGCUCAAAGGGGAGAAGGGAGGAGACGGAUGGAUGAGAGAGAGGAAGGAGGAGGAUAUGGACAGAGAGGCCAAAAAUUCUGAAGAUGGAAGGGCGGAGGAUAAAAGGUUUGAGCAGCAGGAGGAGAAAGGAAAGGAGGCCCAUGAGCGAGAGAAGAGUGGGAUGGAGAGGGAAGAGGAGAGCAGUGAUGAAGAAGAGGAGGAGGAGGCUGAUGAAGACUCGUUUAUCAGGAACUCUGGCCUCAUCUCUCACUCCUACAGCCUGGAUGUGAGCCUCAGUCCUG